CUACCAGUGGCUGCCCACCCAGUCAGCCCAGUCCUGGGAAUUUUUCUCUAUCCAUAGCCAGGUGAGUAGUAGUGUCAAUGCAGUUAAAUUUGUCAAUUGUUUAUUAAAAUCUACUAGAAAAUCAGAUUAAGCGAUGACUGCUUUUCAAUAUGUCCACAGCUGGUGGCACAUGAUCUAAUAUUUUUAAAAAUAUGUGGCUUGGAUUUUGAUAAGUGGCAUAAUGCAUAAACUUGUGACCAGUAUGUUGAUAAUUCAGCCUAGCUGAUCACUCAGAACUUUGACACUAAAGUCAGAUGCCCAAAAUUAAAAAAAACACUGCCCUAAAAACUAUAGCUCUCUCUUAAGUGUUGAGACAUUGGUCUUGGCAGUGUUAUGUUUUUGUGAAUUGUUUGUUUUUCAUUUAAUUAAACAAAUUGUUAUUGAUAAAUGAGAAGGGAGGAGAUCCCCACCUGAAGAUCCUUACUGUAGAUCCCUUCAUGUAGAUCCCUGCCUGUAGAUACCCUCCAGUAGAUCCCCACCUGUAGAUUCCCACCUGUAGAUACUCACUGCCUGUAGAUCACUGCCUGUAGAUCACUGCCUGUAGAUCACUGCUGGUAAAUCCCUGCCUGUAGAUCCCCACCUGUAGAUCCCACCAGUAGAUCCCCCUCUUGUAGAUCACUGACUGUAUUUAAACUCUGUUCUUGUUGAGGCAUUCAGCUAAAUCAGCUCAUUAUUAGAGUAAAUAAAAUGAAUAUAAUUCUGUUACAAGAAUAUCACAUUUAAACUCACUGUGCUCCAUUAAUUAAUGACAUUCCAAACAGAAUUAAUCAUUUUAUAUUCUGACAAAAGUAUUUUUUUUUAAAACUGACACAGUUUGAUUUUUUUGCACAAUUUGAAUUUCAGUUUUUCCUUGCAGUGGCAAAUUAUGGAUCCUUGAAAUCUGUCCCGUCUAAUUCCACAAUUUUUAAGUGGAACAAGAAAUCUCGCAAGUUUGUCGUCUACCAAAACAUCCAGACCUACACGGCAAGGGACAUUGAGGCCUUUGAAAUAAAUGGUGACUAUUAUCUGGCCAUUGCCAAUCAUGCUCAAAGUAAUCAAUUUUUGAAUUUAUGUAAAAGAUAUUAAUUAGGUCAACGACUUCAUUCUCUCACAAAUAGUUUUAUUAUGAUUGUUUCAUUUUGUUUGAUGCUAAAUUUUAGCAAAUGAAAUAUAAUUACAUUCACAAUGGAUGGAUCCAACGGAUUUGUAAACUGAUGUGUUCCGAGGGGUUCAUGUCAUUGGGGUUUCUUGCUAUCCAUGAAAAACAUUUGGAUAUUAAUUUUUUUUUAAACUACAAUUGAAGAUGUAAGCUAUAUUAUAUCCCAUAUGAUAUGGUAAAUGUAGCUAUGUCAUAUACCUUCUAAUAUAAUUAUAGAAGCUAUAUUACAACCUUUUAAUUUAGUAAUUGAAGCUAUGUUAUAGCCUAUCUAAUAUGACAAUAAAAGCUAUAUUAUAGCCAUCUAAUCUAGUAUAAUCAUAUUUAGCAUCAACACUUUUCCUCACAAAGCUGCUGCUAAUUUUUAUAUAAGUUUUUUAGUGUAGUGGGGCAUUAAACAAUAAUUGGCUCAAUUAAUUAGCUUCAGCUUUAAGUGAAAAAUAAAAAAAUUUGGGGGGUUUUUAAAUUUUACUUCCACCCAUUUCGUUUCUGUUCUUCUGAGCUUUGUUUGUGUCAGGGACUUUUGCCCACUCGUAUUCUUGUCUUUUCUUUUUAAUUGGGAUACAUGUAUAUACAGUAUUAUAUUAUGACAAUUUAAUGUAUACUUAUAUGAAUUUUUUUUUUUUUUCGUUGUUGUUAUACUGAUGAAGGCAUUUGCAGAAACAUAUAAAUUUGUAUUCUGUUUAGUCAUUAUUAAAGCUGAACUUAUAUUGUUUUAUUUAGACAAAUUGUUUGCGUCUCACUUGUCAAAAAAUUGUUUUGCCGGUCAAAUAUUGAAGUCUCACUUUCUCAAUAAAGAUAGUAAGAUAGAUAGAUUCUAAAAGAAUUACUUCUAUCUACAGAUGGCAACAGCCUAAUAGAUUCUGUUGUAUACAAAUGGUCCUGGUAGCACAGAGAGUUCUUGGAGCACCAACCCCUGCCAACCAUUGGUGCCUACGACUGGACACAUUUUACCGUGGACGACUACCAUUUCCUUGUGGUGGCCAACGCUUUCACUGGCGAAAGCACUCUGGCCUUCUCGGUCCUCUACAUCUGGCAGGGGGACAAAUGGGUGGAGUUUCAGACAAUGGAGGUAAGUUCAUCACUACUCGCACCGGCCUGCUGUCACAAAAAUGGUUAGGAGUUAACUUCAUCACAUCUUGUCCAGUCUGCCAAACCACUGUUUUGGAGCUAAAAGUUCAUCACUACUUUGGAGCUAAAAGCUCAUCACUGUUUUGGAGCUAAAAGCUCAUCACUGUUUUGCAGUUGAAAGCUCAUCACUGUUUUGGAGCUAAAAGCUCAUCACUGUCUUGGCGUUGAAAGCUCAUCAGUUUCCUCAGCGUUUGGUUGUCUAUGGGUUCACUUGUCUGUGGGUUCACUUGUCUGUGGGUUCACUUGUCUGUGGGUUCACUUGUCCGUGGGUUCACUUGACAUGGGUUCACUUGUCUGUGGGUUCCCUUGUCUAUGAGUUCACUUGUCUGUGGGUUCACUUGUUCAUCACUACUCGCACCGGCCUGCUGUCACAAAAAUGGUUAGGAGUUAACUUCAUCACAUCUUGUCCAGUCUGCCAAACCACUGUUUUGGAGCUAAAGGUUCAUCACUACUUUGGAACUAAAAGCUCAUCACUGUUUUGGAGCUAAAAGCUCAUCACUGUUUUGCAGUUGAAAGCUCAUCACUGUUUUGGAGCUAAAAGCUCAUCACUGUCUUGGCGUUGAAAGCUCAUCACUGUUUCCUCAGCGUUCGGUUGUCUAUGGGUUCACUUGUCUGUGAGUUCACUUGUCCGUGGGUUCACUUGACAUGGGUUCACUUGUCUGUGGGUUCCCUUGUCUAUGAGUUCACUUGUCUGUGGGUUCACUUGUCUGUGGGUUCACUUGUCUGUGGGUUCAAUUGUCUGUGGGUUCACUUGUCUGUGGGUUCACUUGUCUGUGGGUUCACUUGUCUGUGGGUUCACUUGUCCGUGGGUUCACUUGUCUGUGGGUUCACUUGUCUGUGGGUUCACUUGUCUGUGGGUUCACUUGUCCGUGGGUUAACUUGUCCGUGGGUUCACUUGUCUAUGGGUUCGGUUUUCUGGGAACCAUCAACCGUUUAAACAACUGAAACUUUGUGAAGACAUAAAAUAUAUAUUAAAUAUAAAAAAUCUAUAAAUAUAUAUACAAUAUAAAAUAUAUAUAACUAUAUAUAAAAUAUAUAUUAUUUAUUUAUAAAUGUAUAUAUUUAUUUAUCUAUAUACAUAAUAUUUAUAAAUAUAUAUAAAAUAUAUAUAAAAUAUAAAAUAUAUAUAAUACAUAUAAAAUAUAUAUCAAAUAUAAAAUACGGGCUAAAUACUUUUAAAAAAUCAUAUUAACAUGCCCUCUCAAAGCAUUAGGAAAUAAGAGAAUCAAUCAAUAAAUUAUCUGUCAAUUUAUAACAGUGUAAUUUAAGAAAUAUUUAAGAAAUUGAGUAUUAACCCUCCAGAUAGUCGGAGCUACAGAUUGGUAAUAUUUUAGAAUUGGUGCGGACCAUUACCUUGUUGUGGCCAAUGCCUUCAAUUUUGGCAGCCAAAACUUUCAAGAGAUUGACAGCUACCGGACCAACUCCACCAUUUACAAACUGGACAGAAGUAAAAAUGUUUUCACAAAAUACCAGAGUAAUGAACACUAACGGGUAAAUCAAGAAUCUAAAAAAAAUAAUUUUUUGUUGAGAAUAUCAUUAAUUGAUUGUCGCUUAAUUUUUAAUUUUUUGUUUAAUAUAUUUUUUGUUUAUCAUUGGACAGAAUCUCAGAAUUAUAAGAUAAGAUUCUUUUAUUGAAUCAAAUUGUUGUGUUUAGCUUACACUAGUCAUCUCAGCAUAACAAAUAAAAGCACAGACAGUAAAUGUUCUAAUUAAAAUCUGUAAGGCAUAUCUAAAGCAAUUUUUCAAACACAAAAAACCAGGCAUCUGGUGUGGUAACUCCUCACUCUAUAAAGCCCACAUUGACUUAUAGAAUAAUUUUUUAAUUUUUGAACUACACUUCAUUAGUCAGUGAAAUCAAGUCAAAAUCUUCUUACACUUCAUUAGUCAGUGAAAUCAAGUCAAAAUCUUCUUACAUUUCAUUAGUCAGUGAAAUCAAGUCAAAAUCUUCUUACAUUUCAUUAGUCAGUGAUAUCCAGUCAGUCUUCUUACAUUUCAUUAGUCAGUGAUAUCCAGUCAGUCUUCUUACAUUUCAUUAGUCAGUGAUAUCCAGUCAGUCUUCUUACAUUUCAUUAGUCAGUGAUAUCCAGUCAAUCUUCUUACAUUUCAUUAGUUAGUGAUAUCCAGUCAGUCUUCUUACAUUUCAUUAGCCAGUGAUAUCAAGUCCAAAUCUUCUAACACUAAAAUUCUCGUUAACUUUCUGAUAAAAUAUUUUUCUUAUUAUUUUUCUUAUUAAAAAUUAAAUCAUUAUAUUGCUUCAGUCUGAAUGCUUCCCCCCCCCCUGUCCAUAUAAACUCAGUGGUGAAAAGCUGAUCUAUAAAAUAUUUUUCUCUCAAACACAGCACUGUCGACUGGGAAUACCUGAACAUCGGCACCGACCACUACCUGAUGGUGUCCAAUGCAGAGAACAGCGGCACGGGCGAACAACUGCUGUCUGUGAUGUACAGGUGGCAUGGCCUGGACAAGUUCGUUCCCGUCCACUACUUGCACACAGGUCCCAAUGUUGACAUUGAAGUCUUCACAGAUCGCUCCAAUGUUUAUGCCAUCUACGCCAAUGUUAACUAAACUAGCUGAGAGAUAGUCAAGGUGAAAUUUGUUUAGUCAAAUCAAUAAAUGAUUGACAUUUGUUUAGGCUCAACAUUGAAAUCUGUUAGUAAAUCAAUUGCUAUUGUAAAAGUGUGUGUGGGGCAGUGUAAUG